CCCUGCAAAGCCUGACAGGCAGCUGAGGAAGCCAACUGUAUCCAUCCUCUAGAAGGCAUUGGACCAAUGGGGCGGCACUAGGGGCGUGAGCUGGAAGCGCUCAUCUGUGUUUUGCAGCAUCCAUGGAGCUGUCAUUUGAAACACAAGAAAGGAUCCCAGAUCGUAGCAAAGGCACCCCAAUAAACGAAGAGUGAGCCAGAGCUAGGCUUUCUGGAUUAGAGGAGAAGAAAAUUGUGGUGUUUUUCCAAGUAAACAGCCUAUGUUGAGUGGCGUAUAUCUAUAUUUUUUCCUACUGGGAGAAAGGACAGAGAAAACCACAGGAAGAGGGGGAAGAAUUCCCUCUUCAAAUGAAAAAAAUUCCCUCUCUUUUGCUAGCGCCCCGGUAGGCUCCUCCUCAAGCUGUUCCCAUUGUGCGUAAAGGGAUUACUCCAAUCCAAAGACCCCUCCAUGCUCCAGGGACCCCCGGCAGCGCAAGGGGGGGGGGGGGGGGGGGGGGGCCUGUGUCUGCAAUGACCCACACUGGAGACUGAGAGCUCCCGGAGCGUCUGCAUACAGCGUUACUGAACAUCGCUUUAUCGUCUAACAGCGGAGGUGAGGGGGGGCGGGGGGGGGGCGGGGGGGGGGGCGAUGGCUUCGGCGACCACCAAGGCGACCGCCGGUUUUCUCUCCACGCACGCCACGUCUUCCGCAAACCCGUCUGUCCUCGCGACCACGCACGACCAGGGCGACGUCACCUCCAGGACAACCUCGAUGACCAUGGUGUCCCUUUCGACCAAUGAGACGACGGCCCUCAACGCCACGGGGCUCCCGGGGCCGCUGGUGGAGGGCGCCGGGAUGGGGAUGGUGCUGCUGCCCUUCGGAAUCAUCACUGUGAUCGCGCUGGCGGUGGUCGUCAUGCUGUACAUUCGGAAGCGGAAGCGGCUGGAGAAGCUGAGGCACCAGCUCAUGCCCAUGUAUAACUUUGACCCAGCCGAGGAGCAGGACGACCUGCUGGAGCAAGAGCUACUGGACCAGGGCCGUGACGGAGGCCUGGGCCCCAACAGCAAGUUUUAACUGACACAAUGGUUAAAGAAAAACAUGACCCUCACCACCUCCCACGGCUCCUCCCAGAGGCCCAGUCGACUGGUGUUCACAGACGUGGCCCAUGCCCUGAACGCGUGAGGAGGACCGCCCAGCUCUGGCACCUCUGGCCUACUGGAUGUCACGGGGCGGCCCGGCUCCUCCUAGGACCUGUCACUCAGGAGGACCUUGGUGGAAAAAUAAAAGGACUGGAAGGAAAGGGAUCAGACGAUUGGUGCACUGUCGGUGUUUUUAAAGGGUUGUGGCUGGGAGGGGGGAGUCAAAUGACUGGUACUUUCUCACUUCAACCAUUCCAUCCUAGUUUCAGCUUUACGUUGACUUUCGUUUGCAUAAACGUCAUCUCGGGGGACUGGUAUUUGGGAAUAAAAGGGGGGGUGUAUUGCUCUUGCACUGUUAAUAGUUGUUUUGGCGCACACAGACAAAGACACGCCCACCAUGUCUGUUGAUAUUUAUGUUGGUGUCAUUGUUGAUAUAUCUGCACCUUUUGAUAUCUGAGUGCACAUUUGGCUCUGCGUGUUCAUUGGUUGGGGGUGUGUUGGUUUUGCCGUUUUGUGUUAGGGUGCAUUUUGUAGACUUGACAUCACUUCCUUCAUCGGGCACUUCCUCUUCCAAUCAGUGUUUUUGAUGAUGUGUUGACAGACUGUUUUGAGUGCUUUGUCAAAGUGACGCAAUAAACCCACUCAAACUCU